AUGCUGCAAUUUAAGCAUAUUCCUCCGGUGCGCGGCGCAGGGGCAGCAGAAGGGCUCCCGCUGCGGCGGGUCCUGCAGGGCUCGUCGUGGUGGUUGCGCCGCGCUCCGCUGCCCCGGGGGCUCGCGGGUCUACCCCCGCCUCGGGUGUCGGCCCCAGGUCCGAAGGGGGGUCCCAGCUCGCCCGGCUGCGGAGCCCGGUUCUGUGGGCAGAAGCUUAAUAUUCACAGGAGUCUUCUGGAGGACGGGCUGCCCUUCCUAGAGUUCUGCGGCUCUGUUGUUUACAGCUACGAUGCCAGCGACUGUUCCCUUCUUUCUGAAGAUAUCAGGGGGAGUUUAGCUGAUGGGGCUGCUGUUGGAUUUGAUAUUGAAUGGCCACCGUCCUAUACUAAAGGAAAAAUGGCAAAAGUAGCUCUAAUCCAAAUAUGUGUGACUGAGGAGAAAUGUUACUUGUUUCACAUCUCUUCCAUGUCAGGUUUUCCCAAGGGACUCCAAAGACUGCUUGAGGAUGAAACAAUUAAAAAGGUUGGCGUAGGAAUUGAGGGAGAUCAAUGGAAGCUGAUGAGUGACUUUGAAAUCAAAAUGAAGAGUUUGGUGGAGCUGUCUGACCUUGCUAAUGAGAAACUGAAGUGUAAGGAAAUAUGGAGUCUAAAUGGACUGGUAAAACACCUUUUUGGCAAGCAACUUCUGAAAGAUAAGUCUGUCCGCUGUAGUAAAUGGGAAGAAUUUCCAUUGAAUGAGAAGCAGAAAUUGUAUGCAGCCACAGAUGCUUAUGCUGGCUUCAUCGUUUAUCAAAAACUGAAAAACAUGAACAGCAGUGACCAGAAAAUACUUUGUGUAAGACAAGAUGAGAUGUUGCCAGAUGAUGUGAAGGAGCGUUUGACUUCACUAGCUGAAGAGAUAGUGGAUCUGGCUUCUCAUAUCCCUGGAUCUUCUGGACAACUUGGAAACUUGCAGAGAGCUGCAGAAAUACUUGUUGAUAUCUCAGAAAAUGUAAGUGCUUUAAGAAGCACGCUGUUUGGUGGUAACAGUUCCCCUUCUAUGUUCAAGAGGAACUGUGCAGCAGCUCCGGAGUCCACAGAUGCUGAAGCCGAAGACGCUAAAUUGUCUGAAUUUCCUAAAAAACUGCAAGGCGACUUCAACAUCUGCUCAGAUGCUACAUUAGCUGCCCUCUGGGAGGGAGAUGGCAAUGUAGGAGAAGCAGAGAUUGAUGAUGCUGAGAAGAAAGAAGGGCCUGUAGCAGCUGAUUCUAAGGACAGAGCAGGCAGAGAUGACUUCAUGUCGCUGGAUAUUACUGAGCACGAACUGCAGAUGUUGGAGCAGCAGGCUGCAAAAGAAUUUCUAAAUGAAGCUGUGCCUGAGGAGGAAUCUUCCACAGAUAACGAACAAAAUAUUUCCUGUGUGAUUGAGAGCGAUGAAGAAUUGGAAAUGGAGAUGCUUAAAUCUUUAGCAGAUGUUGACAAUUCAAAAGCAGUUUUGGCUGAUAGAGAACCUGAUAAAACUGGGAGAGAAACAGAGUUGAAAUUUGCUCCAGAUGUUGAUGAAGAUGAAGGCAUUGAGGAAGAAGAGGGGGAAAGUUGGGAUCCGUUGGUACCAGCACCUAAUGACAACCAAGUUGCACGUCUGAAGACCUACUUUGGGCAUUCCUCUUUUAAACCAGUCCAGUGGAAAGUGAUCAGUUCUGUUUUAAAAGACAGAAGAGAUAAUCUUGUCGUGAUGGCAACAGGCUAUGGGAAAAGCUUGUGCUACCAGUUUCCCCCUGUUUACACUGGAUGUACUGGAAUUGUCAUCUGUCCUCUUAUUUCGUUGAUGGAGGACCAAGUGCUGCAGCUAACAAUGUCAGAGAUUCCAGCCUGCUUGCUUGGAUCAGCUCAGUCGAAAAACAUCAAAGAAGGCAUCAAAGCGGGUCACUACAGAGUCAUAUAUAUGACUCCAGAGUUCUGUUCGGGGAACUUAACACUGCUCCAGGAACUUGACCAAACCAUUGGUAUCACCCUCAUAGCUGUUGAUGAAGCUCACUGCAUAUCAGAAUGGGGACAUGACUUCAGAAGUUCCUUUAGGAGUUUGGGUUCGUUGAAGAAGGCUCUGCCAUUGGUUCCCAUCAUGGCUUUAACUGCAACUGCAAGCCCUUCGAUUAGAGAAGACAUAGUGAAGUGUCUCAACCUGAAGAAUCCCCAAAUCACGUGCACUAGUUUUGACAGACCAAACCUGUACUUAGAAGUUGGGCAGCAGAGUGGAAAUAUCCUUAGAGAUUUGAAGCAGUUUCUUAUUAGAAAAGAAAGUUCUAGGUACGAGUUUGAAGGACCCACGAUCAUUUACUGCCCUUCAAGAAAGGCCACUGAGCAAGUUGUUUCUGAGCUUGUAAAACUGAAUGUGGCCUGUGGUUCAUACCAUGCUGGUAUGGGAAUCAAAGAGAGGAGAAAUAUCCAUCAUCAAUUUAUGAGGGAUGAAAUCCAGUGUGUUGUAGCUACAGUGGCAUUCGGAAUGGGCAUCAAUAAAGCAGAUAUCCGGAAGGUUAUUCAUUAUGGUGCCCCUAAGGAAAUGGAAUCCUAUUACCAAGAAAUUGGGAGAGCCGGUCGUGAUGGGCUUCCUGCUUCUUGUCACGUACUGUGGACGUCGGCAGACUUGGCCUUAAACAGACAUCGUCUGAACGAGAUACGCAAUGAAACGUUCCGAUUGUAUAAACUUAGGAUGGUAGCAAAAAUAGAGAAGUACCUUAUCUCAAACGGCUGCAGGAGGAAAAUUAUCUUGUCUCACUUUGAAGACAGACAACUCCGCAAGGUCUCCUCGGGCAUCAUGGGAACAGAUGAGUGCUGUGAUAAUUGCAGGAUCAGAACUUCUCGUUUUGCGACCUCCAGUGACUCAGAAGGAAAUUUAGAGGAUUUUGGACAAGAAGCCUUCAAGCUGAUGUCUGCAGUGAGUGCCCUGGAUGAGAAGUUUGGAACUAAACUGCCCAUUUUGUUUCUCCGAGGGUCUAAUUCUCAACGUUUGCCAGAAAGAUAUCGAAGACAUGCUCUUUUUGGUAGCGGAAAAGACUGGCCAGAGAGUUGGUGGAAAUCACUGGGCCAACAGUUGAUGAAUGAGGGGUUCCUCAGAGAAGUCUCUGGGCAUAGCAAAUUUGCAACCAUAUGUGUGCUUACCCAGAAGGGCAGAAAUUGGCUUUCAAAAGCUGGAUCUGCCUCAAGUCCAAGCCUUCUCUUACAGUCUAGUGAAGACCUAAAUCUAAGGAAACCUUCUAGAAGUAGACCUUGCACUGCGGUUUCCGAACAGCGUUCCCCGGUCUCUGGGUGCUCACCAGUCAAAGCUCUUCCUUCAAAAUCUGAAGAAUCUGUUUCAUCUCAUGAAAAAGAACUGCAGACUGCCCUGUAUGGCAAGCUGUUGACAGCUAGGCAGAAGCUGGCUAAUGAGAAGGAAAUUCCUCCAGCUGUCCUGGCAACCAAUAAGAUCCUUGUGGAGAUGGCCCAGAUAAGGCCUACAACUGUUGAGAAUGUGAAGAGAAUUGAUGGUGUAUCUGAAGGAAAAUCUACCAUAUUGGCCCCUCUCCUGGCAGAAAUUAAGACGUUUUGCCAAGUGAAUAAUUUGCAGAUGGAUGUAUUUCCUAUGUCUGGAUCUGGAGAACAGAAGAAAACAACUCCCUGGAAGCAAGCUGGAGUGCUCUCUCCAUCAGAGCAUGUCACGUAUGUCCUAUUUCAAGAGAAGAAUCUGUCCUUGCGGACUAUAAGUGAGAGCAGAUCUCUUCCUCUUUCUGAGGUUGGCACUCACCUGUGCCAGGCAGUGAAAGCUGGCUGCCCUGUCAAUCUGGAACGAGCAGGUUUGACUCCGGAAAUUCAACGGAUGGUUUCCGAUGUUAUCCGUAAUCCUCCCAUUGACUCAGAUACAACCAAAAUUCAAGCAAUCAGGAAGCUAGUUCCUGCAGAUAUUGAAAUGUAUCUCAUCAGGAUGACUAUUGCAAUACUGGAAAAAGAGGACGGAAAUAGACCUCAGGAUGGAUCAGGCAACAAAAGGACCCUGGAGUGGUUAAGCAGGCAGAAAGUAAAAAGAGGAGCAGAUGAAGCAAGCAGGGAAAAUGCUUUGGGGACAGAAACAAAGUUGACCCCCAACAGUUCAAUUGCUUGA